AUGCACAAGUGCUCAUGCUGGGCUGCGGCGUUUGUCGCAAGCGUGGCGAAACUCCUACACGUGACAACCAGAAGACCGUUUGCCUCGGUGGCAACGACGUGCGCCUUUGCCACAAGCACGCUCAGGCGUACCGCAAACGUCAGAAGAAGCAAGACAGCGAUGCGAUGGGUUGGCUAG